AUGAGUCGUCGACUUGUCGGAUGGGCUUUGGUGAUCGGAUUUGGGGUGUUGAAUGGUUAUGUGACUUUCCAGCCUGCGCUGGAGCAACGUGCUCUGGACAAGUUGAAAGAAGAGGAGCUUGCUGCUGCAGACCUGGGCCCCAACCUCGUUGAAAUUCCUCCCCAGACAACAAACCGGCCCAGAAUAAAAGCCGACCAGCGUGACGCCCAACAAACCGGCUGA